AUGAGCGUCGCGGCAGACCGAGCAGAUCCCGGCCGCGCGGCGCUAUACAAGGGCAUGGAGGUCAGACAGGAGAACGAGUACGACCGACUGCGAAUGCAGCACGAAUUGCACAAGGACGCCAUGCAAGGAGAGUUUGUAAGAGUGCCUCUCUCCAAAACAGAGCCUAUCCGAGUGCUCGACUCGGCGACGGGCGACGGGCUGUGGAUGAAGGAUGUUGCGGAGCAGUACCCCAACGCAACCUUUGUGGGCACAGACAUCAACGCCAAGCACUUUGAGCAGCUAAAGGAUCUGCCGUCCUCCAUUAGCUUCAAGAUACAGUCCGUGAUGGACCCCUGGCCGGCCGAGGAUCACGGCGCUUACGACUUGGUGCACCAGCGGUACUGUCUGGCCAUGUUCAACCCGCAGAAGGAAGAGGAGAUUGUGUGCAAACUGUUCGAGUUAGUGAAGCCCGGCGGUUGCAUUCAGCUGGUCGACGCAAAUUUGUUGGGCUACGACGGUGGGCCGGAGCACCCUGGCAUGGACCAAAUGAUGGCCUAUAUGGAGCGGGGAUUCCGUGAGGCUGGCAUGAACGCCGCGCCUGGCCCGUUGAUUGCGGGUUGGCUGGAGAAGGCCGGUGCUGUGAAGAUACAGGACACAAUUUUCUCAUUUCCGAUGGGUCGUCUGGCGACAACGCGUGAAGCUCAGAUUAGCACCACCUCGAAUUUGUGUGCCAUGAUCGACAAUUUCGCCAUGAUCGGGAGUAAAUUUCCGGAAUACUGGUUCUCGCCGGACCAGUUCAAGGCGCUCAAGGACGCCGUCGUGGACGAGAUGGAAACCACCGGCAACACCUGGAGGUUCCACGUUGUCACAGCUGUAAAGUCGGACUGA